AUGGAUCAAUGGUUCAGUCAGAAAGCCAGCGCCGGUGACAAGGCCUUCCAAGAGUGCACCAAAAUCCUCUCAGAUUAUCUCUCCAGCACCACAGACACCCCACCUGCAUCAACCGCAUCUGCAAUCGUGACCUCUGUCAACGCCUCAUCAAAACCCGCAGAUACCGGCUUCGAAGUCACAAAUCUACUGCUAGACAUAGUGGCACAAUUCUCCACCUCACACACCCCCAUAAUCGCCCUCCUCCCCGCCAUUCGCGCCAUACCACCCACCCCAAACCCAGUUUACUACCACUGUGAAUCCAUGCACCGAGAGAAUUACGACGGCAUAUCCGGGCUACGAUAUCUCUGGAAACCAGAAGAUAAGCAAGCGACUGUCACACCGGGUGAUCGAUGGGUUAAUUACAACGUCUUCACCGUCAAACUGGCCACCUCUGGAUACAAUGAUGGCUACUUCAUGUUCGGCUUCUUCUGCCUGCGGGAAGCGCUUGAGACGAAGAAAGAAUCCAGAGAGGCUGAAUUCGAGAAACACAUUCGCCCAAGUUUCCUCGAGCGUUCUGCAAUCGAUGCCAAUGAACUUCUCAACUACGACCUCACAGCCGCUGCUAAAUGGGUCAUCAUCGGCGCAUCUCACAUGUACCGCUUGGAGAACUCGGUCUUUGGAGACGAUUUGCAGAGAGGUAUCGCGGUGCAUACGGAAUUUUGGGAUGGAAACCCGGGUUUUUCGUUGGGAAGAUGGAGGUUGUGGUGGGGGAGAUUUGAAUAUUUUGCGGAAGAAUCGUACGUAAAGGAGGAGGUGAGGGUUUUGUGUAGAGAGGCGAUUGAUGCCAUUGCGGAUGAUCUGUUUGCCAAGGUGGAUUGA